AUGAAUGGAGUUGUAGAACCCACCAACAAGAACAUGAAGAAGAUUUUGAGGAAAUUGAUUGAUAAUUGCAGAGGUUGGCAUGAGAUGCUGCCGUAUGCUUUGUUGGGUUACCGAACGACUGUUAGAACAUCAGUUGGAGCUACUCCAUAUUUGCUAGUAUAUGGAACAGAAGUAGUUAUACCUACAGAAGUUGAAAUACCCUCAUUGAGAAUCAUCCAAGAAGCUGAAUUGAGUGAUGCUGAAUGGGUUCAUAAGCGGAUUGAUCAGUUAACAUUGAUUGAUGAGAAGAGAAUGGUUGCUUUUUGUCAUGGACAACUGUAUCGACAGAGAAUGAUUCGUGCAUCCCACAAGAAAGUAAGAGCUAGAAUGUUUGAGAUUGAUCAGUUGGUUCUCAAAUGUAUUUUCCCUCACCAGGAUGAAUAUAAAGGAAAAUUUGCACCAAAUUGA